AUGUUCAAUCCAAUUACUAAACAUCAUCGAUGUCAGAGUAAUUUAGAAGGUUAGAGAAUAAAUUAAAGUUCAUAAAAUUUAAAUUAGUCAAACUUAUAUCUUAAUUUAAAUUGUUUAUUAUCAAAUAGAGAACAUAAAGUUAAUAUAAAUGGGUUAUAAUCAAAUAAAGAACACAAUGUUAAUAUAAAUAAUUUAAUAUCAAACAGAGAACACAAUGUAAGUGUAACAUCAAACGUUUCAAAUUCUAAGUAAUAUGUAUAACCUCUGUUUACUUAGAUGAAAUCAGCUAGAAGUAACAUAACAUCAAAUAUAAAUGUGAAAUAACUAUUGAAUAAUAAUAAUAAUCAUAAUUAAUCAUAAGAGCUUUCAACUUAAAGAUAGAGUAGAGGAGGAUCAAUUUUGAGAUAAUUAACAAAUAGAUCAUUUUCAAAUAGAUCUUAAUCUAUGUAUAAAGUACAUUUGAAUGAUGAUAAUAAAGUUUAAUAGUAAUGUUGUAAUUAGAAGAAAAAUGGAUCAAUGACUUAAAGAACAGAGGCAUCUGAACAGGAAUUAUAAAUAUAGCCAAAAGUCUCAAAGAGUAGUUCAAAGGUUGUAAAUAGUUUAAGAUAAAGAUUACAAGAAAUAAAAUUAAAAUAGUUAUUAUGAUGAUUUAAAUUAAAUAUAAAAUAUAUAAUUUAUCAAAAAAUAAAAAAAUUUCUCCUAAUAUAUAAUGUCAGAUAUUGAUUAGUGGAUAGAAACAUUAAGAAAUGGUGAGAAUUUAAAAGAAACAGAUGUCAAGAUUCUAUGUAACAAAGCAAAAGAUAUAUUAAAUAAUGAGGAUAAUGUAAUAAGAGUAGAAGCUCCGGUGACUGUAAAUAAAAAGUAUAUUUAGAUAUGUGGAGAUAUUCAUGGAUAAUUUUAUGACUUAAUGGAAUUAUUUAAAGUAGGUGGAGAUGUUCCAGAGACAAAUUAUUUAUUUUUAGGAGACUUUGUAGAUAGAGGAUAUAAUAGUGUGGAGACAUUUUUAUUAUUGUUGGCUUUGAAAGUGAGAUAUCCAGAUUAGAUAACAUUGUAUGAAUAUAUAAUAUAUAAUAGAAUUCGUGGAAAUCAUGAAUCAAGACAAAUAACAUAAGUUUAUGGAUUUUAUGAUGAAUGUCUAAGAAAAUAUAGUACUUUGAAUGUAUGGAAAUAUUGCACUGAAGUUUUUGAUUAUUUAGCAUUGGCAGCAGUUGUCAAUGAUAAUAUAUUCUGUGUACAUGGUGGUUUAAGUCCAUAUAUAAAAACAAUUGAUGAGAUUAGAGUGAUAAAUAGAAAACAAGAAGUACCACAUGAAGGAGUGAUGUGCGAUUUAAUGUGGUCAGAUCCUGAUGGUAUUUAAUAAGAAAUUAGAACUUCUAGAAAUUGAAGGAUGGAGUUAGAGUGCUAGAGGAGCAGGUUUUGUAUUUGGUGCAGAUGUUGUUAAAGAAUUUAAUCGUAGAAAUGGCAUUUCGCUUAUUUGUAGAGCACAUUAAUUAGCUAUGGAAGGAUUUAAAUUAAUGUUUGAUAAUUCUUUAGUUACUGUUUGGUCUGCUCCUAAUUAUUGUUAUAGGUUAAUUAUUUAUCUAUUAUUUAUUCUAGAUGUGGUAAUGUUGCUUCUAUUCUUGAAUUAGAUGAAAAUCUAAAGAAAUAUUAUAAGCUAUUCGAAGCUGCUCCUAAUGAUAGAGCUUCAAAUUCAAAAAAAGCUAUUGCAGACUAUUUCUUAUGA